UUUUUGGCGGAAACGCGAGGAGUGAAGUUGUGUGAUUUGUUUUAUUUUGUCUAUUUAGUGUUUCGUCGGGUUUAAAUGUGUAAUAAUGGUGGUUUAUUAACUGUUUAAUAUCUGUGAAAGUGCACAAAUGUGGGAAAAUGAAACAAAGCCGCUGGACGUAACUUCUCGGGAUCCUCCAAAAAGUCCACUGAAAAAAUCUUAGAAAAUGACCACCAUUUUACUGAGAUUAUAUUUCAUCAUAUCAUCUCAAUUCAUUUCAUUUAACUUCAUCCCAGUUGAUUAGUGUCUCAAAUUAAUCAUCUCACUCCAUAUCCAUAUCAUUUUUCAUAAAAAUAUGAAUAAUAUAAUAAAUAUAAAAUAAAAUAAGACAUGACUUAAAGGUCUCAGUUACCAGGUCAUAAAAUCUCUUAAAAAAACGACUACUUAGACAAUCAGACGUUAAGCCCAAUAUUAAUUUAUUUAAUAAUUUAUAGGUAGAUAUUUAAGAAUGCUACGAAAUCUAUCCAAAUAUACUUGCAAGAGCAAUAUAAAAAAUGUAUUUUUUUGUACAUUAGUUAACAAUGAAAACAAUCGAAUGCCGAACAAAUAUGAAACUGUUUUCACAUUUCCAUUUAUAAAAUACAUUGCAAUAUUUAAUAGACUGAAAUUGUACCACUGCGUAGCAGCAGGAGUGGUGAUGCCCAGUUGUGGUGUUCUAGAAAUGUUGCAAGUAUUCUCAGAAAACACAUUUUUCACUGCUGCUUAUCUUGGGAUCACAGUUGGAUCUCUUCUUUCUAUUGCCAGCUUACCAUUCAAGAAUAUAAUUGGAUUUCUUUAUAUUUCUGAUGACAACCGCCACAUAAAAAUUUCUUAUGUAGAUUAUUGGGGCAAAAGGCAAGAUAAAAUAAUUUCUGCCAAUGAUUGGAUUCCAUUAAUGGACAUGGCCCCAAGGAAACUAGAUCCCUUAUAUCUAUCACCACAUUUAAGUGAUGGGACUAAAUACAAGUUGUUUGUUAAAUUUGGAAAAGUUUUGAAUUCUAAGAAAAUGGGAGAAGUUUUAGAAUGACCUUAUGUAUUGGAAUGAGCUGUUUAUUUUAAGCAAUGCAUGUAAAUUUUGUAGAUAUGUAAAAAGAUAGUAUGAAUUUA